AUGAGCUGCCGCAAAGUGUCACCGCCGAGUUCGCGUUCGAGCACGAGACCGCAGACGGUGAGAUCGCGAGCCGGUAGCACACCGGGUCUCGACAAUUCGCAGAUCCACGCGAUUCUCAACAAGAAAUCAUUCGCCACUUUAUUGUGCAAAAACAAUGACAACGUUGACAGCGACGGCUCGUAUCCGCCGACUCGCAGCAUGUCGGUGGUGUCGAUGACGUCCGUCCUCUCACCGUCGUCCAUCGACACCACCUCCACCGUGCCGCGCUUCAUCAAAGUCGCUCCCGCUCGCGACUCGCAAUCGGUGAGCUCGCACGAAUCCAACGACUCGGCGCUGGAGCUCUCGCCGCGAAAAACCGGCAAACAGCCCGACGACAAACCGCCUGACGACGGCUCGCGUCGCAAUAAUAUUGAGCCGACCACACGACUUCUCUAUUUGAACGAAAUCGUUUGGAAGAUCGAUGAUACCGUCUACGCGGCGGGCAACGACGCCGCCACAAACAUGUCGCUAUUGUGCCGAUUGAACAUUGAAUUCGUUUGCGAGAUUGUCGACGAAUCCACAGAGCACAUUCAUCAGAAUCGGCGUCAAGCGCGCGGUUUCGAUUGCCCUUGCCUGUGCCCGAGACAACUCAACCAUUUUCGCUAUUUCGUCUCGAUGGACGUGCCCGAGACUGAGCAGAAGUGCAUCGCGGUUAGUGGCGGCAAUUUUAACAAAACCAAUAUGCAAACGCUGUUCGAUCAGUUCAUCGAGCUCGUCGAGCGCGGCCGUCGAGCCAACAAAAACGUGCUGGUGUGUAGUACACGCGGACGAAAUCGUGCUCCAACAUUUUGCGCCGCCUAUCUGAUGCACAAAGAGCGCAUCUCCAGAUGGAAGGCAGUCGCUACCGUAACCCAACUGAUGGGCUCGAUGCGGCCGCCCGUCAACAUUUCCGAUUUUAUGCAACGAUCCCUUAUGCGCUACCAAUCUCAUCUUGGCGUCGAGCCCGAGGCCACCUACGACUCAGCUCAUUCGGUUCAAUUGUCUCACGUUAAGCGUUCGGCAUGGACAUAA